AUGGCCGAUAUCUCGACCAAGACGCUUCCGCCUACACCUCCCCCACCCAUAUACUCUCCACCACUGCACAGGUCUUCGAGCAACGACAUUUCUCCCGAGCCACCAAGGUCCCCUCUUGAAAACACCUAUACCCCCAACCAUGGCCCAUCAGGCGCAAGACCUACCAUUGCCACAGUGCCUCCGGAACUAGCAAACAACAUGGGCGCAGCCGCCGAUAUUCAGGUGCACGCUCCAGAGUCGGCCUUUGUCGAACAAAGAAGUCAGAGGUCUCCGGUGCCCAUCAUUCACACCCAAGAAUAUUCCUUCGACACACAUCGUCUCUCGCCCGCGCCUCAAAACUACUCCAGAAGAAAGCCUCUCGACGAAAGAAACCGCAAUAUCUCGGAACCAGCCCAUCGGCGCGGGCUUUCAGAAGGCCCGCAAGCAUCUCUGUCGCGAAAAGAACUUGACCCGCAGAAUACGUCAGUGCGGCACCUCUCUGCAUCCUAUGCGGAGACUGAGCCGCCAGUAGAAAACUUCGAGCCAUUGCGCUACUUUCAUCAGCCCCAAGAAGAACCGGACAUGAGGGCGUUGGAUAAACGUGCAUCCAAAUUAACUAUUGGCACAUUCCAGAGUGAUGGGUCAGGCGGCAGUGACCCCACCAAAUACCAUCUGCAAGAUCCAGCCGGUGCAAGGAACACCUUCUUGGGGGGGAACCUAGGCAGACCGGACUCGAUUGUUUCCACGGGCUCCGAUCCCCGAGGUCGUACGAACUCUCCCCAUCUCUCACCAGGCAGGCCGACCUCGAGAAAUUCCAGAUCACCGGACAGCCGGCCACUGUCCUACGUUGAUCUGUUGAACGUUCCCUACCCGCAGAAUGCACCCAGUGGGGCCGAGAACCUAGUGAACACUGGUCUGCGAAAUGUUGUCGGCAACAAUGCAUCCCUUUUAUCCACGCGUAAGACGCUUGACAUGUACAGGGCCAACGUGAAAAAGACGAACGACCCAGCCAUUCAAUAUGAGUUCGCUGUGUUCAUGGUGGGAGCUGCACAAGAGGAGGGUUUAGAAGCAGACUUAGUGGAGGCACAGCCCAAGACAAAAUCGUCGCCUCGGGAUGACCUGUUGAAAGAGGCGAAGCUGAUCCUGCAGAAGUUGAGCGACCGCUCGUAUCCAUUUGCACAGUACUAUUUGGGCGACGGUUAUGCUUCGGGAUUGUUCAACAAAGGCCGUGAGGACUGGGAGCGAGCCUUUCCGCUUUUCUUGGCUGCUUCAAAACACGGUCAUGCAGAAGCGGGCUACCGAACAGCGUUGUGUUACGAAUAUGGCUGGGGUUGCAGAAUGGAGCCAAUGAAGGCUGUCCAGUUUUAUCAACAAGCAGCCAGUAAAAACCACCCUGGUGCCAUGCUUCGAUUGGGACGCGCAUGUCUCAGUGGGGAGAUGGGCCUGACGAAGCGAUAUCGAGAAGGCAUCCGAUGGCUGAAGCGCGGUGCCGAAUCGGCAGAUCAUCAAUACAACCAGGCUCCAUUCGAUUUGGGUCAGCUACACGAGGAAGGGUUUGGGCCAGAUGUCUUUAAAGACGAGGCGUAUGCUGCACAGCUCUACACCAAGGCAGCUGACCUAGGUCACAUCGAAGCCAACUUCCGCUUGGGCGAGGCUUACGAAUAUGGCCAGCUCAGCUGUCCCAAAGACCCAGCUCUUAGUAUUCAUUUCUAUACCGGAGCGGCUGAACAGGGUCAUGCACCUUCGCAAAUGGCACUCUGUGCUUGGUAUAUGAUCGGGGUUGAAAAUGUGCUCGAGAAGGACGAGAGCGAAGCCUAUGAGUGGGCAAAGCGCGCCGCUGCACAAGGUCUACCGAAAGCGCAGUACACACUAGGAUACUUCACCGAGAUGGGCAUAGGAUGUCGGAGAGAUCCUCUUGAAGCCAACGUGUGGUACGUGCGAGCAGCGGAUCAAGGUGAACAGCGUGCGAAGCAUCGGAUUGCCGCCAUUCAGGCUGCUUCAACAGGGGCCGAUCCAAUAACAGCGGCGGCUGGAACGAAAGCGAGCGGGCAAGGCGGCGAGAAGAAGAAGAAAUUCGGGUUGUUCUAG